AUGGCGGCUGCUGCAGGCCUGCAGGAUCAACAGACUGAAUGGCUGGAUGAUUACCUGGUCAAAGACAGGCUGCUGAUGUACUUCACCAAGGCCUCGGCGACAACACUGCCUGUGCUUGUCGCGUUCUUGUCACUCACGCUGGGAGAGAAAAAGGAGCAGGAACAUGUCAAGAUAGCUUUCUGUGCUGUCUCCCUGCUCGCUUUACUGGUCAUCACCGUGCCACUGGCGUGUAGCAUCGGCUUUGCAGGACGAUCCGAUAGUGGACGACGACGAUCCGGCAGUCACAGUGGACGACGAUGCCAGGGAGAAGUCCAUGCGGCGCCUGUGACGCGGCGUACCUCUCCAACAUUUCUCAUCUUGACAGUGGUUAUCCUGGCAGUGCUGCUCAACCCGGCUUACGUCGCUCCCACCAGCCCGGGGCUGUUGCUCUCAUUCCUGCUGGUAGGUAUCACCGUGUACACGGUGGAAACGGAGCCGUUGCUCCGGUGGCGAAACGUCCUGGACCACAAGCAUGCCACCGACUACACCUUCGUCUUCAACGUCUCCUCAGAAGCUCUUCGGCUUGUCAGCAGCACUCUUCGGCAAUCUCAAGAGCGGCCAGCGGAGGCAAGGUGA